AUGCGGCUGCGCGCUGUUUCCUCCGAGUGGUUGACGGGCUUCCGCCGGCGUCCCUCGCGUCGCGCCACCAGCGGCCAAAACUCGAUUGUGUUCGGAUGGCCUGAGAAGGGCAAUGCGACUCGAUCGAUUGCUUUGGGCACACGACACACUGCGCCAGAACUCAAGGCCGAUGCGACAGAACUGCCCCCGGCUUCUGUGGAAGGUGGAGCCAAAUCUCAGCCAAUGACAAAAUUGGUUGCGGGGCUAAUAGACAAGGGUUUCCAUUGCGCUGCUGCCCGGGUGCCUGGGUGUACACAGGGUGCAUACCUAAGUUGGCAACGCAGAGGGGGAGACGGGGUUCAUCUUGCAAAAAGGGCUGAGAAGAUGAAUGGUCUGGGGGAAUUUAGGUGCAAUGACGUUGCUAGGACGGAGGAGGGUCUGCGCACGAAGGACAGGCUGCUCGGAGUUGAAGAUAAGCGGCCGAGAGGGUCCUUCCGGGGGUACAACGGCUGCCCGGUGGCGGUCGCCAAUGGCUGUCGCUAA